CGAGCCGCGUCGCCAUUGGCCGGCCGGCGGUCACGUGGCGCAGUCAGUCGCUGUGCCUCGAGCCAGCGCUGAGUGGAGCCUGUCUGCCAACAGCCUCAGCGGCGGCUCUAUCUGGAACCCACUACACUAACUGACAAUUCAAAGGAGGCCCCUUUUUCUUCUAAUUUCCGAGGACUAUUCUUCACUAUGGGCGACAAGAAGAGCCCUACCAGGCCAAAAAGACAAGCCAAACAGAGCGCGGACGACGGGUACUGGGACUGUAGCGUCUGCACCUUCAGGAACACCGCCGAGGCUUUUAAAUGCAGCAUCUGCGAUGUGAGGAAGGGCACAUCCACAAGGAAACCCAGGAUCAACUCCCAGCUGGUUGCCCAGCAGGUGGCCCAGCAGUACCCGAUGCCCCCGCCGCCAAAGAAGGAGCGACGAGAGAGGAGCCAACGCACGGACAAGGACCGCCCCGACGGCGAGGCCGAGCGCGCCAUCUUCGAGGGACCCCUGGAGGUCGAGGGACCCCUGGAGGUCGAGGGCCACCCGGAGGUCGAGGGCCACCCGGAGGUCGAGGGCCACCCGGAGGUCGAGGGCCACCCGGAGGUUGAGCGUCCGGAGGUCGAGCGUCCGGAGGUCGAGCGCCCACGGGUUGAGCGUCCGGAACUGCCAAUGCCAGAGCGAGACCCCCCCGAGAAGAAGAGCGACACCGAGCAGCAGCUGAUCACAGACAAGCCAAACAAGGAGAAGGACGUCGUCCCGGCCGUCACAAAGAAGCCCAGCAGCAAAAAGACCAGACCCAAAUCAGACAACCACCAGAGCCCACCCAGUGAAAAACACAGCAUACAGUCUGGAAAAUCUGCAACCAAGACCAACAAGAUCAGUCACAUCUCCAGGCCCAAACUGAAGAACGUUGACCGGAGCACCGCCCAGCAGCUGGCGAUCACCGUGGGGAACGUGACGGUGAUCAUCACAGACUUUAAGGAGAAGAGCCGCUCCUCGUCCACGUCCUCGUCCACCAUCACGUCCAGCGUGGGCUCCGAACAGCAGCACCAGAGCUCCGGCUCAGAGAGCAUGGACAAGAGCUCGUCGCGGGCCUCCACGCCCAAAGGGGAGCUCUCAGUGGGGCACGACGAGUCGUACUGAAGCCCCCCACGGCUCCCCUUUUAGUUCCCCUGUCCUCGUCCCGACCCCGCUACACACCACCCCCCCACACACCACAGACACACACACACACACACACACACACACACACACACACACACACACACACACACACACACACACACACACACACACACACAUGUUCCUGGACACUAUGGAUCCCGUAUAGGGAGAGCUAUGGCCUCUCUCAUCAGAAAGGGGACGAGUAGAGGAGCAGACGUCUGAGAGGAACAGUGCAGGCCGUGCUCCUUGUGGUUGCAACCUGUAGCGCAGGCGAGGAGAGCAGGGCUACAAGGAAUAGCCCCCCCUCCAUACACCCCCCCUCCCCCCAAUCCAGACACUUGUAUGUAUUGUUUUAUAUUUCUAUGUGAGGCCAAGUCGAGCUUUUUUUUGUUCUGUUUUUGUAAAGUAGAAUUCUCCGCUGGGCACAAUAACACCAUCGUUUCAAUACCUUUAAACCUUUAUUAUUACCCUUAUUUAUUACUUGUUGCACAUGUAUUCUUUGAUAUUCUCCUUUUUUAUGUUGAAGCUUUGCUGUGUAGCCCCGCCGAUCGAUCGAUUUCUUCAGUGUUUUUAUCACAAUACGAAGAUGACAGGACUCGAGUCACGCAGACACACACACACACACACACACACACACACACACACUGGUGCUAGAUACACUGUGAAGCGUUUUUGCAGAUCUGGGAUUGUCCAUUCACUCAAUGUGACGGAGUGGUGAUAAAUCAAAUUCUCUCACUUUUUCUCAAUAACACCGUCUCACUCUGAACACUGUCUGGACCUGCAUGGGGUCCGCCUUGGUCUGUACAGGUCGAGGUUCAGACCCCGGACUUUUUCAACCAGACUGUCUGCGGUUUAGUAUGCUAUGGCAGAUCUCUUAUACAGUAUCUUAUGUCCUUGACUGUACAGUGUAGGCUGUUGUGUAAAACACUAAAAGCUGUCGAUAUUUUCUGCAUUCCGUACUUGGAUAUUGAGUUAGUUUUUCUGUUCCUGGUUAAAGGCAGAGCCGUCCUCCCGGCUCAGUGGUGACUGAAGGGUGGGCACACGCGCUUCCACCUGGUAAAACCACACGGAGCCGUCAAAUGGACCCGUUGUGUCGAGCGGGCCGAAUCGAUUUCAUUGUUGAGUUCGCUGUGGUCACGAAGACUACUUAGAAUCUUCUUUCUCUCAAAGUGAGGCCCCAGAAAAAAAGGAGUGCAAACGAAAUUUGCAAAGAUCGACAAUUCAGUUCUUUUAUUUUCUUAAUUAAUUUAAGACUCCUGUCUUUGAAGGCAAAAAAACUAUUGCAGUAGUUAAUAGAACACAAUUGCUCUUUUAAUUUUUAAAACAGCAAGGCUUAUUUAAGGGUUUUAUUCCCUUCCACCUUAGCUGAUACUAGACCAACAUAAUUUCCUUUUUAAUUGUAUGAAAUUGUAUAAAGAAUAAAUGUGUAUACGAUAUCUUAGUUUUAUUUAUUGAAGGACCAAAGGAAUUUCAUAAUGACAUGAUACAUAGACCGAUAAAUAACAAUUGGAAUUGCAAUUAUCUAAUGUGUGAGAUGAAUAACAGUUUAAAUAAAGACUAAUAUAAUCCAUAUAAAUGGUGUUCUUAUUGUCCACUUGUCUCUGCACGCUGAGAUCAGAGAAGUGUGUGUAGCGCUGCGAGCCAGACUCCGCCCCCCCCAGUGGGCGGGAGGCGGUGAGAAGCGGGCUGGCUGUUGGGGGAGGGGUAAGCUGAGAGGAGGCCCCAGUCUGCUGGGUCCUCAG